AACAACCCUACUCAUAUAGCACACGAAAGCAACACAUCUGAAUUAGUAAACAUUUAAAUCACUCCUGUAAUAACUAUAAAGCGGUGUAGUAACUUAUCAGUAGCAUAACAAGAUCUACCUUUAACUUAAUCGAAAGCAAUCGCUUUGAUUUUGAUGCUAUUCCACUACUGUUACUUCAACAACAACCAUCUUUCUCAAUCACUCAUCACCGCCAUUACACUCAACAAUGUCAAUCUCAGAUCCCAACCGUAUCUCCUUCGCUCAAUCCUUUCUCUGUAGCGCUUUCGCCGCUUGUUUCGCUGAGUUUUGUACUAUUCCGUUGGAUACAGCUAAGGUGAGACUUCAAUUGCAGAAGAAAGGAAGUGUUGGAGUUGAUGAUGAUGAUGAUGGUGGAAUGGGUUUACCGAAGUAUAGAGGUUUACUCGGAACUGUUAAGACUAUUGCUAGAGAAGAAGGGGUUUAUGCGCUAUGGAAAGGCAUUGUUCCUGGUCUGCAUAGGCAGUGUUUGUAUGGUGGUUUGAGAAUUGCCUUAUAUGAUCCUGUUAAAACUUUUCUUGUUGGUGCUGCAUUUGUUGGAGAGGUUCCUUUGUACCAUAUGAUACUUGCUGCUCUUCUAACUGGUGCUUUGGCAAUCACUAUCGCUAAUCCAACUGACCUAGUCAAAGUUAGGCUUCAAGCCGAAGGCCAUUUGCCGUCCGGGAUACCUAAGCGUUAUUCUGGUGCUAUGGAUGCAUAUUCAACCAUAUUGAAACAUGAAGGGUUAGGGGCGUUGUGGACUGGACUUGGGCCUAAUAUAGCACGAAAUGCAAUUAUAAAUGCUGCUGAACUAGCUAGUUAUGAUCAAGUGAAACAGACAAUUUUGAAAAUUCCAGGGUUCAUGGACAAUGCCUUUACCCACCUCCUAGCAGGCUUAGGAGCAGGUCUUUUUGCCGUCUUUAUUGGUUCUCCUGUUGAUGUGGUUAAAUCAAGGAUGAUGGGGGACCCGAGCUACAAAAACACAUUUGACUGUUUUCUCAAGACAUUGUUCAAUGAGGGAUUUUUGGCCUUUUAUAAAGGAUUCCUUCCUAAUUUUGGCCGAGUAGGAGCCUGGAAUGUGAUUAUGUUUCUUACCCUUGAACAAGCCAAAGGAGUUUUUAGAGGAUAAACAUUGUCGUUACUCUUCCUGAUGAUUAGAUUCAGCAAGCAGAAAUACCUUUUCUUUCUCGGAUGAAUGCUAACUACCCAACGGCUCUUAGAUUUGCUGCAAGAGAAAGAUUUCUACAAUUAACCGCUCUUAAAUUUGCUGCAAGAGAAAGAUUUCUACAAUUAUUAUUUAGUAUUUCUGCAAUGCAGAGAAGUCACAUAGCAUUUCUGUAUUUGUUACCUGCGUGCCUGUGGAUAGUGGAUGUUACCAUUCAUAUAUUCUUACUGUCAAAUUACAUUCACUUUAUAGGUGUACACUAUAUUGUAUUAUUAUGAUACAUCAUUUUUCUGGGAAAUACAUUACCCAUUUCCCAACGAAAUGAAGCAUCUAUUAACACCCAUUUUUGGUUUGUAACCUGUUUCUCAAUUCAAAUAUUGUCAUUGGGUACACUACCUUGCCUAUGAAUCUAUGAUGGUGAAAAUGGAUUUUA